AUGGACAACCCCUUCCUCAACCCCACCACGCCCCCGAAAACUCCCGCGGAGAUCCGCACCCCGCACACCGCCGGCCAGUUUCCGAUCAUCAAGAAAAUUGCAAACGCCUCGGAGAGCUUUCAGAAUUUGGCCCCCGUGCUCGACUUUGACGAAACCUUUUUGCUACCCCCCGACUUGAAGAACAGCCUGGGCACUCGCAAACCCGAGCCCGUCGACUCUAUCUUUGCCACCCACGACAAACACAAGGAAAAACAUGAGAUCCUCAAAGUUUUGCUCGUCGCCAGCACGCAGGGCAGAAAAUUCUCCUUGGACUUUGAGCAGGUACGCGUCGCGGGGAAAGGUGCCUUUUCAGAAGUUCUACAAGCGCGCCAUCGUCUGGAUGGGUGCACAUAUGCGAUCAAGAGAAAUAUCACCCCGCUCAUGAGUGACAAGUCCAGAUUGGAUUCGCUCCAAGAGGUUUUCGCCUUGUCUGCUCUGCAGGGCCAUCCUAACAUUCUGCGAUACCACGACGCCUGGUUUGAGGAAAAGGGCCGCUACUUGCACAUGCAGACCGAGUUCUUGUCCGAGGGGACCUUGUAUGCUCUGUUCAUCGAGCGCGGCAAGCGCAUGCCCUCCGAGGAGCUCCUUGCUCUAGCCGCUGAUCUCAGCUCAGCAUUGGCCUUUAUGCAUAGUAAGGGCGUCGUGCAUCUUGACGUCAAACCAGACAACAUUUUCCGCAGCAAUCGACGUCGAACGCAAAACUCUUUCAUCAUUGGCGAUUUUGGUCUCGCUUGCCAUAUGGAUGGGACUGAUGCUCGAAGCACGGAAGGGGACUCGCGAUACCUCUGCCCCGAAGCCAUGGACGGGAGCCCCAAGCAAAUCCCUGACACCGAGGAAGACCUCAGUGACUGCGCAAGCGAUGACGAAGACCUCAUCGGAGACACUCUGAAACCUGCUGCUCCCCAGGAUCUACGCGCUAGGGAUGUUUUUUCGCUCGGGGCCACCAUUUACGAGCUUGCUGUCGGUUUACCUUUGAAAAAGUCAGGGGAGGAAUGGCGACAGCUGCGGAGCGAUACAGCGCGUGCCGCGAAAGAGGCUGGCGCCGCAUGUGGGUCUUCAGAGAUUGCAAACAUCGUCCAGGUUUGUCUCGAAGCAAACCCAUCCCGACGGGCGCUUGCUUGUGACGUGGUGGAUAUCUGUGAGGCGAACUCCUCUCGAGAACAGUCGCGCUAUAUCAACCAAUUGCACAUGCAGCUGGAUCAAUUGAAGAGGCAACUCUCUCGGCAUCAAAAGGUGACCAAUAAUUUGUUGAAGAAUGGGGAAAGAAACAGAAAGCGAUACCGCGAACAGUGUGCAAACGGGAAAAAGCGCUUCCCUCCAUGCGCAGUCUGA